GUUAGCGUGCCAUCUGGUCUCGUUUGCCUUAUGAGCGCGAUAGGUAAAGAAAAGAAGGAGAAUGGUGAUAUGACAACGUAUAUUUUCAAUCAGCCCGUAGCGAUACCAUCGUAUCUGUUAGCCAUUGUUGCCGGACACAUUGAGAAGAGGGACAUAAGCUCAAGCACAGAAAAGAUCCUUCAAACAGCCGAAGGAAUAGCCGGUCCCUACAGAUGGGGAAGGUACGAUCUCGUCGUACUGCCACCCACUUUCCCGUUCGGUGGCAUGGAAAAUCCCUGUCUUACCUUCGUCACUCCUACUUUGUUGUCUGGAGAUAGAUCUCUGGUUAAUGUUGUAGCACACGAAAUCGCUCAUAGUUGGACUGGCAAUCUAGUUACAAAUGCCAGUUGGGAGCAUUUCUGGCUAAAUGAGGGUUUCACCGUGUUUUUGGAGAGAAAAAUUCAUGGGAGACUCCAGGGCGAACCCGAGAGACAAUUUGAAAGCGAAUGCGGUUAUGAUGGUUCUGCCUUCCUUCUCACGCUUGAGCAGUCACUUGGUGGAUCCGAAAAAUUCGAGGACUUUUUGCGAAAAUACAUAGAAAAGUAG